AUGCAGGGGCGCGCGGGCGCCGGCCCCGUGGGGCUCCGCACGCAGCCGCGCGCCCUGCCGCCUGUGUUACCUCCACCGCCCCAGUUCGCAUGUGACCAAGACGAAAUGCCAUCCAACCAGAUCGCACAGGUAAUCGCGUUAAUAUGCGGCCUGCUGGUGAUUAUACUGAUGGUUCUGGGCCUCGCAUCAGCAGACUGGCUGAUGGCUGCAGGCUGGCGGCAGGGCCUGUUUAUGCACUGCAUAGAUCCAGAGGCGCCGACGCCUUUGCCUUUCGACAUCACUGCUCAGCCAGGGUGCUACGCCGCGAGGCCCGCGCCAUACAUUAAAGCGGCAGCCGGCUUGUGCGUAGCAACGCUGGCGGCAGACGUGUGCGGAGCCCUACUUACGGGGCUAGGGCUACGGUCAGCGGAUCACCGUACAAAGUUCCGAUACUAUCGGUUCGCCGUUCUUGCCAUGUCGCUUGCACUAAUGUGCAUCUUAAUAGCGCUGGUGAUAUACCCGGUCUGUUUCGCCGCCGAAUUGAAUUUAGGCAACAGAUCGGUGUGGGAAUUCGGUUGGGCGUACGGCGUGGGUUGGGGCGCCGCCAUUUUCCUUUUCGGCGCAGUCGUGUUGCUGCUCUGUGACAAGGAGAGUGAGGAGCUCUACUACAAGGAACGGAAAGUCGUGAGCGGUGAAGCGAGUGCGCGCCCCUAG